AUGAGCGUCCCAAGAGAAAUAUUGAAAUGGAUGCAGUCUCUUGAUCUGUCAUACUCGAUCAAGAAUAUGAGACGAGAUUUUUCAAAUGGAUUUUUAGUCGCUGAAAUGAUCUCCAGAUAUUAUCCAAACGAAGUUGAAAUGCAUAGCUUUGACGUCGGAGUUGGUGUAAAAGCAAAACUUGAUAAUUGGCAGCAACUCGAAAAAUUCUUUAGGAAACAUGCUGUAAAUAUUUCGCGGAAAGUUAUCGACGAUCUUAUUGCUUGUAGACCAAAUUCGUUAAAUCAAGUACUGGAAGAGGUUUACUCAUUUCUUACCGACAAAACAAUCAAAAAAGCAAAACCAGUUAGACCUCCAGUGAUACCAAAUAUUCCAAAUUUUGCUAAACCUACCUUGUCAAAAAGCCACAAAGAUGAUGGCCGAGCUGUUCCUUCUAGUUUUGUGAGUUUGAAGAGAAAUCAAAUUGCACAAGCAAAGGAACCAAACACUGAGACCAAGGAAGAUAAUUAUGCCAUUCCAUCCUUGGAAAUUACACGAGACAGCAAGUCUUCAAGCACAAACAGAUCUAAAUCUUCCCAUCAAAGCCAACGAAGUCAUAGCCACCACAGUGUUGUUCAACAAAAAGGACUGACAUCUGGUUUUAACAGUGUCAUGGAGGACUUGAAUGAUUUGGCAGUUUCUCUGGUUGAAGAAUCUAAUGAAGAGUGGAAGGACCUCUUCAACCUAGACCGAACGAACCCAAUGCAAUCAAUUGUUGCCAAAAUUGACCAGCUUCCCAUCGAUUUUCUUGAAUCGUUGUUUUUAGCCAUCAAAGAGCGAGUUGCCAAUUAUGCAGAAGUAAUGUCGUUCCAACCAAAAGAAUUUUGGAAAUUCAUGAAUCUGUUUGUUCCUUGCAUGAAAGAAGCAUGCCAAACGCAUGCGUUCGAAUGUGUUGUUUCUGUUUUGAAAGCAGUAGGUUUAGAGCUCACGUCAAAGGAUCCUGAUUCUUCGUGGGAUGUUUUUGAAGAUUUUGGACUCCAAAAGUGUCUGGAAAUUGUUGCUUCGCAGCCCACAAAGAGAGAGGAAGUAUUGAACGUCAUUUACAGUUUUUGUAAAUCUGAUAUUCAUUCACACAGAAACACCCUCCUGAAAAUUCAAGAGAAAUGCGGUCAGAUGGAUUCUAGCUUAAUUGUGCACGUGAUGGCAUUGCUGGUGAAGAUGGAGUCGUCCUUGUUAACCAUCAAUGCAGGUUCUUCAGGUCCUGUUCUUUCCGAGGAGCAAAUUCCUCUUUUUGAGUUAUACAUGACUGUAGCAGUCUCUGGGUUGAGUCAUCCAUCUCCAAAAGUACGAGCUUCAAGUCUUGGAAUUAUUCAUACACUUCUUUCCUUUGACGAUGUGGUUUUUGAAAAAGAUGAAAAAUCCAUACCUGCAAUCCCAACUAACUCUGAAGAGAUUUCAUCUCGAAAUCAGCCUUUAUUAUUUGUCAUGCAAAAUUUGUGGUCUCAAAGUAUUGAGCCUCAAUUGAACGACAGUUGGUGGGAAGUUACAGCUCAACUUGUGGUUCUUGGAUCCAAAUGUUUAACUGAAGUUGGAAAGCUCUACAUGAUCGAUUGCAUCAAGGAGUAUGAGGAGGCUAGUGUUCAACUAUUGAGUACAAUCUUGCAUAAGGAAUUGAAUUCCACUCUCAAACACAUUGUCUUGUCUUAUAUAUCUCCUCACUUGAAGAAGUAUGAAACUCACUUUUCGGAGUUAUACCUUGAUAUCUUGUUCUCGUUGAGUGAAGAGGAGCGAGUUUCCCUUUUGGAACAGCCUUCGAAUCAUGUAGAAUUGUUACAAGUUGGUAAUAGCCAACACAAAUUCCCAAUCAUGAGCAUUCCAUUCAGCUGGGACAGUUUAACUGUUGGAAAAACGCUUGCAAAGAGAACAGUACAGCUGGACCACUUGGAAAUUGAACAUUAUGAUGUUCUGAAUGCAUGUGUUUCGGUGGCUCAAAUUGAGGUUUCUGAAGAGGAAGAAGAGAAAGUCUUCAAAGAUACUCUGCCAUCCGAGUGGCUCACAAUUUAUGAUCAACUCCAAAAUCACUUCUAUGUGGGUUUAGUUGAUGAAGAGUUGUGUGAAAUGGCCUCUCAAUUGCUCGUGAAAUUUUGCUCAGUUCUCAGAAAGGAAGUUGUCAAAACCAUGAUACCCCAUGUGAUUAAGACGAUCGAAAUUUUGUUCGCCAACAAUCAAAUGGAACAUCAACAGGAAGUGAUGAGUCAGUUCUUGAUCGGCUUGUAUGGAUUGGGUAGUCCAUUCAGUCAGCCUCUCUUAAAGCUAGCCAAUUCCUUAAUGGAACAAUCUCAACUGGCACAAAAUCCCCGAUUAUCCUACUUUUUCGCAUUCAUUCGUCAACUCCAACAACUGUAA